AUGGUUUGGAGUAAUCACAGCACAGUAACACACUUCAUCCUCCUGGGAUUCACUGACCAUCCAGAGCUGCAAACCAUCCUCUUUGGGGUCUUCUUCUUGAUCUAUGUAAUCAGUGUAGUGGGAAACCUGGGGAUGAUUUUGUUGAUUGGACUUGAUUCACAGCUUCACACCCCAAUGUAUUUUUUUCUGGGGAACUUGUCCUUUGUUGAUUUUUGUUACACCUCUGUCAUUACACCCAACAUGCUCAUCAACUUCUGGGUGGAGAAGCCAGUCAUUUCAUGGAGUGGUUGUGCUACUCAAUUUUUCUUUUUUGGUUCCUUUGCUGGCAUUGAGGGGUUUCUUCUAGCUGUGAUGGCAUAUGAUCGCUAUGUGGCAAUCUGCAUUCCACUACUAUAUACUACCACCAUGUCCCAUAGGUUCAAUAUCAUACUGGUAUCAGUCACUUAUCUGGCAGGUUUUGUUAAUGCAGCAAUACACACAACCUUAACCUUUAAGUUGUCCUUCUGCCACUCUAAUAUCAUCAAUCAUUUUUUCUGUGAUACUCCACCCCUCUUGAAACUCUCCUUCGACACCCAUGUGAAUGAACUGGUCAUUUUUGCUUUUGCCAGUUUUAAUGAAUUGAGCUGCCUCUUAACUAUCCUUGUUUCUUACCUAUAUGUCAUUGUUGCCAUUAUGAGGAUACGUACAGCUGAAGGAAGAUACAAAGCCUUCUCUACAUGUGCCUCUCAUCUAUUGGCCGUCACCAUCUUCUUUGGGACAAUUCUUUUCAUGUACCUGCGACCCAGCUCUAGCUAUUCAAUGGAUCAAGAUAAAGUGGUAUCUGUGUUCUACACAGUAGUGAUCCCCAUGUUGAACCCCCUGAUCUAUAGUCUGAGGAACAAAGAAGUGAAAGCUUCCUUUAGGAAAGUCAUCAUUCAAAAAACUUCAUUUUAA